AUGACACGUUGUAUUUGUCUUGAAGGCCAUGUUGCAUGUACAGAGAAGGCAUGUCCAGUGUUACCUUCGCUGUUGUGUCUAAAUGGCAAAGAGUACAGAGAGUGUGGCACCGCGUGCCCACAGACCUGUCAAAAAGGGCCGUUGAUUUGCACUCUUCAGUGUGUACGUGGCUGCUUUUGUCCACGUGCUCUUGUAGAACACGAUGGUCAAUGCAUCAAGCCAAGCAAGUGUCCACGACAAGAGACAUCCUGCGAUCAGUUGAGGAACAAUCAGACAACUACAUGUCGUGGACUCAUCGGUUGCUUUGUCACUUCUUGUGAACCCGAUGGCUCAUUCAGUAGUCAACAGUGUCAUCCAUCAACUGGUUACUGCUGGUGUGUGGAUGAUUCUGGUAACAAAUUGGAAGGUACAGAUACCGCUCCAUAUCUUGUCUCAACACUGGAUUGCAUGAAACCAGUUGUUGCUGUACAAACACCAACAAAAGCCACACCAACUCCUAGUCCAUCUGUUUGUCCCAUGAAUAAAACGUUUGGUUGUGGAUCAGCUUGCCCGCUUACUUGCUCUUAUCCAAGUGUGAGGACGUGCACGAAAGAAUGUGUUUUCGACUGCAAUUGUCCACGCGGUUUUUUGGAUGCUGGCGAUGUAUGUGUCACUGAAAAUAGUUGCCCAGGUGAAGGUUCAAGAGCACGGUGUCGCGCUACGGAUGGAUUGAAGCAGCAAAUGGUGGCAUUUCGGUGUAAGCCUAAAGAGAAAGGAGGCAAAAAGUAUACGACCACUAUGCCAAUUGCUGUGGCUGAAAGGUGUACCUUAGCCUCAAAGUUUCAGACGGUCUGGAACUUCGAGGCUAAGCUGGCCUAA